AUGGCGACCUUCAAGUAUGAGACAAGACAGCGGAGGAUGAUAAGCAAUGCGCCAUCCAACACGAAUAUUCGUGUGAAUCAGACUGUGAUGAUGUUUGAUGAAGAGAUCGAAGAGCACAGUGGUCAAAGCCACUCCAGUAGUCAGCACGCCGACUACUGCAGCUCCAACACCAGUUGGAGUGACUUAAUCGAGCGCUACGAGAGCUUGAAUCAUGGUGAAUAUCAGAAACUGUUGGCGGACAUCGCAACGUUGAGGCAUGAGCGUGACCGCCUCGAGGCCAGCGUGAGGAGGCAGACCGGAGAAGACCUUCCCUCCGGCGCAACCGCGGCAGGGCUCGGCCAUCUGGAGCAGAAGCUAGAGUGCGCGCUGGGUAAAGUCCGUGAAAUGAAGGAUAAACUCCUGGAGGAGCAGUUGGGCGAAUCACACCACAGGGUAAGUUGCUGUAGUCGUAAAUUAGGGAACCGGAAUGAUUUAAGAUGCAGACAAGCACUUGUGAAUGAUCGUGCAUAUGCCUCUGUGCAUGUGUGAUGCAUGCAGGUGCACAUCCUGGAGGACCAGAACAGCUUCCUUGGCCACAUGAUGAGCGAGGAGGGGCAGCAACGUGCUGCUGUGGAGGCGUCGGCGGUGGUGGCGGAGCUCAUGGCGCCGGUGCCACCGGGGACACUGUUCGGGGGCUUCUUCCCAGAGGUGGAGGAGGAGGAGGAGGCAGCGACUUCGCUGCGGCUGUGGCAGUAGCAGCUCCCCAUGCCCGGGGCUGUGGUAAGCAAGGUCAUGCACAUGAAAACACUCUAUAUACAAAUUGAUGAGUACCAAGGAGAUGAUAGACUGACGGAACUGGACGGAGGUUAAUUUUAGCUGAUGAAGAAUCUAGCCAGUAAAACUUACUAGUAGCAGCCCAGUAGUACUUUACGUUCUGAGGCCAUAUAUAUAGUUAAAAAGUAGUAGCAGACGCCAGUAUUUUGCCAAACGCCAUAUGUACACAUGAUUACCCGUACGGGUAGCACUUCCCCACAUACCAUCACUUUGGUUCAUCUGAAAUUUACCGCAGUG